UGGAGAAGGACUGAUGCAGUAGAAAACGGUGAUGUAGAAUUAGAAACACACAGCAAAGCCAGUACUGCAGACCAGUGGUCUUAUAGCGACAAUGUCCACAGCCAGAAAACAGAAUGGAACAGUGGUUUACCUGAUGUUAGAGACAGUCUGUCCGAGGCAGACAUGUCCGCCGGGUAUAGCGCAGACAAAAUGGCCACCAUUCGCUGGGACAAAGACUGCAGAACUGAGACUGUGUCCUUAUCAGACAAGAAGGAAGCCCUCGUUUCUUCAGGUUUGGAAGAAAGACAGGAUAUUCCCAACGGACACUUGGAUGAUCAUGUUGCCACUAGCAACGACCUUGAUCGCCCUCAGCAGAACAAAGAAGACUCUGGUUUGAAAGACAAGCUGCCUUAUGUGCCAGUGAAGGUGCCCGAGGUCCUGCCUGCCCCGUCCGACCCAUCCCAGCUGACCCCAGAACAGAGAGACUACGCCAACAGUCUGAUAGAGAAGUACCUGAAGAUGAGCCCCGUCCACUACAGCAUGCAGACGACCUCCAGUAACCCCAACUACAGCAUGCAGACGACCUCCGGUAACCCUGACUCCAGGACAACUACAGUGGAGGAGUCCGCUGAGAAGUAGGGCUCUCCAUGGUGAGUUAUGCACAA